GAAAUUUACCUUUGCCUUGGGUCCUCGGGCAUCCACCUUUCUCCUCUCGCUACUAUGUUUACUGCGUCUCUCUCUCUCUCUCCUUAGUAUUUCGCUUUGAUCCCAGCGGGUUUGCAGCAGCGGUCCCGUGACGGACGAUAAAUACGACUGCCACUUGCCCGGCAUCGCACUUAUGACCUCACCUGACCCCGGCCUUCACCGCCACCGCCAUCUCUCUCUCUCUUUCUCUCCUCUUUCUACCUUUCUCCGUCGUGACGCACCCACGAUCCCAGAGAGUUCGACGCGGUGAAUCGAAACCAGUUCAACGAAUGGGGAAGAAGACGGGCUGGCUCUCCACCGUCAGGAAAGUCUUCAAACCCUCCUCCAAAGACCUCGACCGAAGGAGGCAGAGGGAGAGGGAGCUGGAGUUGGAGGGGAAUGAGGCACUGGAGAUAGUGUCGGUGGAGCAUUUCCCGGCGGAGACUUCGCCGGAGGCCACGAACGACGACGACGGGUCGCCGGGGGUGGCGGUGGAGGAAGAGGAGGACAGGAAGCACGCGAUCGCAGUCGCGGCGGCGACGGCAGCGGCGGCCGACGCUGCGGCGGCGGCCGCAGAGGCGGCGGCGCAGGUGGUGAGGCUGGCAGGGUACGCGCGGCUAUCUAGGGAGGAGAAGGCGGCGGUGCGCAUCCAAUCCUACUACCGCGGCUACCUGGCACGGAGAGCCCUGCGCGCGCUCCGGGGGCUGGUGCGGCUGCAGGCCCUGGUCAGAGGCCACCAAGUGCGGAAGCAGGCCCAGAUGACGAUGCGCUGCAUGCAGGCCCUCGUCCGCGUCCAGGCCCGCGUCCGCGCCCGCCGCUUCGAGCUCUCCCAGCAGUCUCACAACCCUCUCCUCCCCCGCCCUCCCUCCUCCUCCUCCUCCUCCUCCUCCUCCUCCUCCACCACCGCCGCCGCCGCCGCUGCCAGAGUCCUCCCCCGCGACCCCUUCUCAGACUACCUGGACCACCUUAAAAGAAGAGGCCGAUACCACCACCACGAAGAAGAAGAAGGAGAAGAACAGGGAACCUAUCCCAUCACUUGCAAGAGCCCCUUCUCCAAGGACGUCGGCUUCGGAGACUGGGACGCAGGCCAUCAGAGCCUGGAGACCAUCAAGGCCAACUCCCAGCGCAAGCAAGACGCAGUCAUUCGUCGCGAGAGAGCCCUUGCCUAUGCCUACACCUCGCAGCAGUGGAAGUAUGAGAAGCCCCAGUGGGGCUGGAACUGGCUGGAGCGCUGGAUGGCCGCCCAGCAGUGGCAGGCACGGCAGUCGCCGCCGCCUGAGAGCUCCUACGUCACGGUCACCAACACCGACGACUUGUCGGAGAAGACGGUCGAGAUGGACCUUGGACGAAGCCCAUCCAACCCGGUCCGCUGUCGUCAGGACGAGACUAGCGGGGUACCCAGUUACAUGUCCGCGACUCAGUCAGCUAAGGCCAAGUUUCGGAACCAGGCGCCGGUGGACAGGGGUUAUGGAGCUAAGUGGAAUCGAUCAACUAGGAGGGCGGCCGGGUCGGGGGUCGGUGGGGACUCGUCGAGCUCAGGAGGAGCCAGGCGGAGCCCGAGCCACGUCGGUGGUGGGCUUCGCGUCCAGACGCGGCGGCACGCAGGGUACACCACACCGGAUUCCAGCUGCGGUGGGUAUGACCGGACGCCGCCGGUGGGAGGGCGGGGGAGGAGGAGCAUGCACGUUUGAUAGUGGACGGAUGCAUGGCUUGAGUACUUAUAUCGGUGCUGUAGCCUAUUGUGAUGUGUGAUGAUCGAGUCUUCCUUGUUGGAUUUGUUAUAUAUAUAUAAAUAGUUUAUCUUCUGGUUGAUGGAGAGGGAAAAAACUACACCAUCUGUGGAUGUGUAGAUAUUCUGAAAUAACGAGGAGAUGGGAACUGGCGUCGAGUUUGGGAAUUUUAUGUAAAAAUAAAAUGACAGAAUGCUUCAUUUUAUUAACGUUUUGCAUUGCAUGAGGUAUAAAUGGAUGACGAAACUUUGAUGACU